AUGAAGGGCUCGACUUCCAACUCAGCUCUGUGGGUUACCGCCGACCAGCGCUCGUCCGAGCGGUUAGAAGAGAAAGACGUAGACUAUAGUAAGGAGCCGCUUUUCUUCGACAUCCCUCCCAUACAGCAGGCGGACGCGGCGGUAAGGCCGGUAAAGUCCACAAGAGGAAUUCCAUGGAGGCGGAUUAGGGAGUCGGGUGUGAUUGCCCCAGACCUGGACCUUAAACCGCCGUCACCCAUAAGAGUCGUGAUUGAUAUCAGAGAUAAAAGGGAGAGGAAGGGAAGUAAGGACGAUGGGGUUUUUGCAGCACUUCCACCACGUAGUGGCUCUUUCUCCUUGAAAAGCUCACGUGACGUGCCAGGUCCACCGAAAACGGUGGAGGAGUUGUUAGGUGCCCAAUGGGGUCCGCAGUGCACAGGGCGGGCAUCUUCUGACAGCGAAACAGGAUAUGUCAGCCCAAGCCUCGUUGAGGUCGCUACCACUGCGGUGACCACCGCCGCCGGCAACAAACAUGUCAACCCGCGCUUUACUGGAGACGCCUUAAUUCUGAGGUCACCUCGGCAGACACGGGCGGCGCUACUUCGGCGGGAGUUCAACGCCAGAACUGCCAGAGAAAAGGUUUUGAGUGCAUUUGCGCAAUCGACGCCUCGCUCUUUGCCUACUAGCAAACGUCCAUCCAUAGACCUUAGCGAAGAAUAUAACGCUGUGGCCAGGAGAAGGGGCGCCUGGGUAGGGGUAAAGGGCUUUCCAGCCGCUGCAGCUACGUGUGUAGGCUCAGCGUCGUGCCUGGGGUGGCCGACGGGUCUGCCUCCCCGUGGUAAAUCAUCCGCGUCCCCACGAACCAUGAAAAGUGCAACGUCCCUUCCCUUUGACCCACACUCUGUCAUCGAAAGAAAUAGAGAGUGUGAUGACAAGAGGAAGGUGCAGGGCAGCUCCCCGUACUUAUCAGCUGUACCAUCCCCUGCUCUACGUGGCAACUGCUCGUCGAAAAAGAACACCGGCACCGCCACCAAUGAGCAUGUUGGCGGUCCGGCGCCACGCAUUGCCAGUUGCAGUAUUGCUUCAUUUGAUGAUCAUUUUUCAAGCACAAGCCCGAGAAAAGGGACGGUGAACAACGAAAACACAGGGAAGAGCCUCACUGAUUGGCCAAUGACGUCGGUGGCACGGCGGACCAAUGUUCCAUACGAACUUACCUCGUCUGUCGAUAGCAUUGAUACGGAAGAAUUCGAUUAUGAAAAGUGCCUGCUGCAAAAAAACGACCACUAUGCAACUCAGUCCCACGGCCACCCUGGAAAAAACCGUUGCAAACAUUCCUUAGGACACGACAACGACUCCUGUCAGCUUAAUAUUGUUGAAGUCUCUGAUGUCACUGAAGUUGAUGGGCCAACGAAGGCGGGUCAAGCAGGUCACUGCAGACAUAAAAUGAAUCUGUCCACGGGUUCGUGUGUGCCUUUUUUUCGGGAACUGCUAGACGGGCGUGGGAAACUGCAGGAUGACACCUCCAGUAUUGCAUUCGAGACGCUGUUAGAACCAAAUGCCAUUGUUGGAGCUACUCUUUCUGGUUUACAAACAGCGCGGAGGGCGGAACCGCAAACCACUAAUGAGAGGCUGCGCGAUGACACCUCCAGUAUUGCAUUCGAGACGCUGUUAGAACCAAAUGCCAUUGUUGGAGCUACUCCUUCUGGUUUACAAACAGCGCGGAGGGCGGAACCGCAAACCACUAAUGAGAGGCUGCGCGAUGACACCUCCAGUAUUGCAUUCGAGACGCUGUUAGAACCAAAUGCCAUUGUUGGAGCUACUCCUUCUGGUUUACAAACAGCCCGGAGGGCGGAACCGCAAACCACUAAUGAGAGGCUGCGCGAUGACACCUCCAGUAUUGCAUUCGAGACACUGUUAGAACCAAAUGCCAUUGUUGGAGCUACUCCUUCUGGUUUACAAACAGCCCGGAGGGCGGAACCGCAAACCACUAAUGAGAGGCUGCGCGAUGACACCUCCAGUAUUGCAUUCGAGACGCUGUUAGAACCAAAUGCCAUUGUUGGAGCUACUCUUUCUGGUUUACAAACAGCGCGGAGGGCGGAACCGCAAACCACUAAUGAGAGGCUGCGCGAUGACACCUCCAGUAUUGCAUUCGAGACGCUGUUAGAACCAAAUGCCAUUGUUGGAGCUACUCCUUCUGGUUUACAAACAGCGCGGAGGGCGGAACCGCAAACCACUAAUGAGAGGCUGCGCGAUGACACCUCCAGUAUUGCAUUCGAGACGCUGUUAGAACCAAAUGCCAUUGUUGGAGCUACUCUUUCUGGUUUACAAACAGCGCGGAGGGCGGAACCGCAAACCACUAAUGAGAGGCUGCGCGAUGACACCUCCAGUAUUGCAUUCGAGACGCUGUUAGAACCAAAUGCCAUUGUUGGAGCUACUCUUUCUGGUUUACAAACAGCGCGGAGGGCGGAACCGCAAACCACUAAUGAGAGGCUGCGCGAUGACACCUCCAGUAUUGCAUUCGAGACACUGUUAGAACCAAAUGCCAUUGUUGGAGCUACUCCUUCUGGUUUACAAACAGCGCGGAGGGCGGAACCGCAAACCACUAAUGAGAGGCUGCGCGAUGACACCUCCAGUAUUGCAUUCGAGACGCUGUUAGAACCAAAUGCCAUUGUUGGAGCUACUCCUUCUGGUUUACAAACAGCGCGGAGGGCGGAACCGCAAACCACUAAUGAGAGGCUGCGCGAUGACACCUCCAGUAUUGCAUUCGAGACGCUGUUAGAACCAAAUGCCAUUGUUGGAGCUACUCUUUCUGGUUUACAAACAGCGCGGAGGGCGGAACCGCAAACCACUAAUGAGAGGCUGCGCGAUGACACCUCCAGUAUUGCAUUCGAGACGCUGUUAGAACCAAAUGCCAUUGUUGGAGCUACUCCUUCUGGUUUACAAACAGCGCGGAGGGCGGAACCGCAAACCACUAAUGAGAGGCUGCGCGAUGACACCUCCAGUAUUGCAUUCGAGACACUGUUAGAACCAAAUGCCAUUGUUGGAGCUACUCCUUCUGGUUUACAAACAGCGCGGAGGGCGGAACCGCAAACCACUAAUGAGAGGCUGCGCGAUGACACCUCCAGUAUUGCAUUCGAGACGCUGUUAGAACCAAAUGCCAUUGUUGGAGCUACUCUUUCUGGUUUACAAACAGCGCGGAGGGCGGAACCGCAAACCACUAAUGAGAGGCUGCGCGAUGACACCUCCAGUAUUGCAUUCGAGACGCUGUUAGAACCAAAUGCCAUUGUUGGAGCUACUCCUUCUGGUUUACAAACAGCGCGGAGGGCGGAACCGCAAACCACUAAUGAGAGGCUGCGCGAUGACACCUCCAGUAUUGCAUUCGAGACACUGUUAGAACCAAAUGCCAUUGUUGGAGCUACUCCUUCUGGUUUACAAACAGCGCGGAGGGCGGAACCGCAAACCACUAAUGAGAGGCUGCGCGAUGACACCUCCAGUAUUGCAUUCGAGACACUGUUAGAACCAAAUGCCAUUGUUGGAGCUACUCCUUCUGGUUUACAAACAGCGCGGAGGGCGGAACCGCAAACCACUAAUGAGAGGCUGCGCGAUGACACCUCCAGUAUUGCAUUCGAGACGCUGUUAGAACCAAAUGCCAUUGUUGGAGCUACUCCUUCUGGUUUACAAACAGCGCGGAUUAUAACUGCUGAUAUUUCUGAAGAUAGGUGCUCGUGGGUCAACUCCACUGUUUCUCUGGAGUCGCUAUCGGACGCUGGCUUGGGAACGAACAACAUCGUAGGGGACUUUAUGACGUCCGAUGUUAUUGUGGACUCUUUGGGGGAGAGCCCGCAAGGAAAUAGUGGUGUCAGAGAUGAGGUACAGAGUGAAUCGCGUGAUACCUUUACUGGUGAAUCAAGUCUAACACCGCGCAGUCUGAAAAGCUGCUUUGAUAACGGAGAGACUGAUUCGCUGCCGCCCAUUUUACGCUCCGGAGCACGCUCGGUGAUUGUGCCAAACUCUUCUCGCGUGAGUUUUUCUGGAGCAGGCACUAGGAAAACAUUAUCCGAGGUCAGGCGUCCAUCAUCGGAUAAUGGGGACGGUUGCGUCAUCUCCACUCGUUCCUCCUCCCCUCGACUGUGGACUCCAUCGAAGAUACGAAUUAGGGGAGAGGAUAUACUGGUUCCGAGGCAUCAUCGCACAGAAAACAAGGGGGUUAGAGUCGACUCCCCGGCGGGUCGUUCCGUUUUGUCAACAUACGCUACGCUCCGCAAUAGAAAUUAUCUGGGGCUUAUGCGACGGUACUUUCUCACCUGGAAAGGGUUGGCAAAGCAUUGUACGACACGAACUGCAUCCACUAUAGGACAAUCACCCACUACCUGUGGAAGUUGUGUGGAUGACUCGUCAUGUGGCUUUGUUCCCACCACCGCCGUGGUAGCUUCACUUGCCGCAGCCGCAGCCGCAGCCGCCCCCACCUCCUCCAGAGCACAUGGCGUCAACAACCCACACAGUGAUCCCUCUAAGAUACGUAAUCUCACUGCGAGGAGUCUUAAGUUGCUUUUAGGUGACAACUAUCACUCGGCAGAUUACGUCUACAAUCAUUUGCGUAGGAAGCGACUUGGGCAACCAAGGUCCCACUAUAGAAUGGUGCCACCGGAUGAAGAUGAUUAUGUGUCAUCGGGCAGCCGCCACAGGAGCAUAUGUUCAGCAGAAACAAGCUUUUCGUACCCGUCUGACGAUGUGACCACGCCGAUAUCGAUGGCGUGA